CGCGAUCUUUCCAGCGGAAGUGGUACCGGUAGCUACUAGCUAGCCAGCAAGCACAAUAGGCAACCCUCGCUGGCCAGCGGGGAACAAUCAGUUACACGAUCUACCGUUUGGCACUGAAGAACCUGCCUGCCAGCCAAAUGCGAAGAGGUUUGGAAAACCGAACCGACACAUCAAUGCACACAAGAUCCAAGCUCAUCAGCCACAAAACCAGCAAGGAAGGAUAGUGACAAGUUGGGAAAGCAAGAAUCUUCGAACAGAGUGGAAAAUGGCACAUGAAUUACCAGAUAUCGAAGUCCUUGGUGAAUGGGACCAUGGGAUUUGUGAUCCGGUCUUUGACGAAGGAACGGACGUCUCAGAGAAGUCGAUGGAAGGAGACCCGAAAGCCGUCAUGAGCAGCACGCGUUGUGGCAAGCUCAUGGGGAGCAUCAAGAAUGCGGAACAGGCGGUUGAAAAUGCCGCAAAAAUGGUAUUCCAAGGUAUGGAACGCAGGGUAGGAGGUGUUGUUGGUCGUCACAUCAGCGAGGACGAAGCCAAGACCAAGUCGUCUGAGUAAACCUGCAAUGCCCCGCCCAAGCGGUACGGUAUGGACGAGUGAACGUCAAGUGAGGAAGAAUUGAGGCAGCAAUCGUAAAAGUGUGAGCAGGCGGUGUCAUUCGACAUGACGCGGCAAGGUACGGCAAUAGCAUCGGUACCUUCAGAGACGGUGCGGGCCAUGUUUGUGCAUGUUCGUCCUACUGUAUUCACGCUGCAACAAAAAACUUGUUAGGGCUAGCGUGGCUGCUGCACGUACAAUAAUACAUUUACAUUCAAAGGACCAGAGAGCAAGUUAUAAGUGGAAGGCAGAUUCGAUUCGAUUCGAUUCGAUUCUGUUCAUGUGCACACCGGUACGUAUUGUCUGGCGAGUAAGAGUAAGUUAUAAGAGUAAACUGUUCUGCUUUUCUUCGAGCUGUAGCAAGCCAUUAUUUGUGA